AUGUCUCGUCCUCAAGUUACUGUUCACUCUCUAAGUGGUGAAGCCACCUCUUCUGCUGUUCCAUUACCAGCUGUCUUCUCUGCACCAAUCCGUGCUGAUAUCGUCCACUCCGUUUUUGUUUCUGUUAACAAGAACAAGAGACAAGCCUACGCUGUCUCUGAGAAGGCUGGUCAUCAAACCUCUGCUGAAUCAUGGGGUACUGGUCGUGCUGUCGCCCGUAUUCCAAGAGUUGGUGGUGGUGGUACCCACAGAUCUGGUCAAGCUGCUUUCGGUAACAUGUGUCGUGGUGGUCGUAUGUUUGCUCCAACCAAGACAUGGAGAAAGUGGAACGUUAAGGUUAACCACAACGAAAAGCGUUUUGCAACUGCUUCCGCUAUCGCAGCUUCUGCUAUCUCCUCUUUAGUUUUGGCUAGAGGUCACAGAGUUGAAAAGAUCCCAGAAAUCCCAUUGGUUGUUUCUGACGAUUUCGAAUCUGUCAAGAAAACAAAGGAAGCUGUUGCUGCUUUCAAGGCCAUUGGUGCUCAAUCUGAUUUGAUCAAGGUCUUGAAGUCCAAGAAAUUGAGAGCUGGUAAAGGUAAGUACAGAAACAGAAGAUGGACUCAAAGAAGAGGUCCAUUGGUCGUCUACUCCCAAGACAACGGUAUUGUCAAGGCCUGUAGAAACAUUCCAGGUGUUGAGACUGCUAACGUUGCCUCUUUGAACUUGUUGCAAUUGGCUCCAGGUGCUCACUUGGGUAGAUUCGUUAUCUGGACCGAAUCUGCUUUCGCUAAUUUAGACAAGGUUUGGGGUUCUGAAACCGUUACUUCUUCCAAAAGUGGUUACUCCUUGCCAUCUAACAUUAUCACCAACACUGAUGUUACUAGAAUUAUCAACUCUUCUGAAAUUCAAUCCGUUGUUAGACCAGCCGGUCAAGCUACUCAGAAACGUACUCAUGUUUUGAAGAAAAACCCAUUGAAGAACAAGCAAGUUCUAUUGAGAUUGAACCCAUACGCAAAAGUCUUUGCUGCUGAAAAGUUGGGCUCCAAGAAAGCUGAAAAGGGUGGUAAGAAACCAUCUGAAACUUUCACGCAAACUUUGAAACACGAUUAA